AUGGCUUCUCGGUCGGCUUUUUCUCUCCAAUGUUCCCUGCCGAAUGGCCGAAACGUUUCAAAUAGCGAAAUCGAUGCUUGGGAGUUAAAAGUCGCCCGGAGAGGUCUUCAAAACUUGAAGACUUUACUUGAAGGGCAACCGAUGCUCGACCUUCUUGCGAAGCAGAUAGAGGAGGGCGAUGCUUACUUCAAAGACAUUAUUGCCAGGUCGAACGGCCAAUUCAAGGAGUCUCGUGUUGACUUCAGCGCCAAUGGAAUUACAUCGUCUCAGUUCCUAGAGUGGUUUACAGGAGUGGACGCCAGCGGAAAAUCUGUGGGCACACGGCAUCCCUAUCUUGACAACAUGGCACCAGCGCAUCCGGAGCAUUAUUCCCUCGGUCCGUAUCCGCUUGGUAUCGUUGAAAAUAUCGGGCAGCACAUCUGCCGUGUACGCAUCGAAAUCACUGCUGAGAUACCAGACUUUGUGCUAGAGUAUGGCAAUUCUGCAUACGACAAGAAACUCGCUGUUACUUGUUAUCUAGACGAUGGGACAAUCUUUUUCUACGGUUUCCAGGAGUUUCAAGACAGAGAAAAUGGGUUCGAUUUCAGAAUGCGAAUUAUCUUCCCUGUCGCAUCACCUCAGAUUCUCAUCGAUGAACAUACCGAGCAUCUGGCUAUUGAGUUCAGGAGCUUCAUCGCAGCCGCGUAUGAGAGUCUCCAUGGUUAG